AUGCGUUUGUUUCAAUUUUACACACAAACACGUGCCUUUGCCACCAUAAGAUAUAACCGCCCCACUUUUACUACAGAUUUAUUAAUGAAAAAAUUAAGUUAUGAAGACCAAAAAGACGAGUAUAAAAAAUUAUUUUAUGAUAAAACAAUAACAAAAGACGAUCCAGUUGUAAAAAGUUUAACUAAUGGAAUUUUAAAUGGAGAUCGUAGUGCUUUAGCUCGUGCCAUAACACUUGUAUCUUCAAAACAUGUAACAAAAAGGACACAAGGAAAUUUUUUAAUAAAUGAAAUUUUAAAAAAAGAAAGAGAAAAAUUUUUAAAAGAUGGUGAAAAAAGUUUAAUAUUUAGAAUUGCAAUUUCAGGUGCCCCAGGUGUUGGUAAAAGUUCAUUUAUUGAAACUUUAGGUGAUGAUUUAACAAAUAAUGCCAAACUUAAAGUUGCUGUUUUAACUGUUGAUCCAACAUCUGCAAUUUCUGGUGGAAGUGUUUUAGGUGAUUUGACACGCAUGCAAAAUCUCUCUAGAAAUCCAAUGGCUUAUAUUCGUCAAUCACCAACAAGUGGCAGUUUAGGUGGAGUAACUCGUGGACUCCAUGAAAGUAUAAUUCUUUGUGAAGGAGCUGGUUAUAAUGUUGUAAUUAUUGAAACUGUUGGUGUUGGACAAUCUGAAAUUGCAGUUGCUGAUAUGUGUGAUUUGUUUUGUUUACUUGUUGCUCCAUCUCAGGGAGAUGAAUUACAAGGAAUAAAACGAGGAAUUAUGGAACAAUCUGACAUAGUUGUUGUAACUAAAAGUGAUGGUGCACUAGAAGGACCUUCUAGAAUAACAGCAGCUGAACAUGUAUCAGCUUUAAAAUUUAUGAAACCAAGAACUGAAGUUUGGAAACCAAGAGUUUUAAGAUCUAGUGUUCAUCAUCCUGAAACAAUAAAAAAAGUAAGAGAGACUAUGUUUGAGUAUAGAGAUAUUUCUAUUAAAACUGGUCAUAUGAUUGUAAGAAGAGAUGAACAACUUUUAACAUGGAUGUGGAAUCACGUGAAAGACGAAAUAGUUUAUCUUUUCCAAAAACACCCUGAUGUGCAAAGGGUUGCUGGUGAAAUUGAAAGAAAAGUUAGGCAAAAUGAUGUUACUCCCGGUUUUGGAGCCGAAUUAUUAUUAAGGAAGUUUUUCGGUAUUGAAUAA